CCUAGCCGUCCAGGUGGACAGUUCACUUUCCGACCCCUGCCUCCUCCACCUCCUCCACCACAUGCCUGCACCUGUACUCACCCAGCACCCUAUGCCCACUCCACAAUGCAGAGGGACACCAUACCUGUCCACGACCGCAGCCAUACCAACCAAACGUCAGAACUGAGCACCAGACAACCAGAGAACAACUGGGUACUCAAAAGAAACAUCUCACCUGAAGCCAGGCAUUUCCUGUUCAAGCAUGGGCCAGGCUCCUUGCCAGCCACAGCCAAUCAGAACUACCCACUCACCUCCAACACAAUUUAUUCUCCACUCCCACGUCCUCUGCCCCGCAGCACUUUCUCCCGACCCACGUUCAUUUUCAACAAGCCGUACAAGUGCUGCAACUGGAAGUGUACUGCCCUCAGUGCCACAGCUGUCACCCUUAUGCUGACCCUCCUUCUCACUUACGUUAUGGCUGUGCACUUGUUUGGCUUGACAUGGCAUCUGAAGCCAUCAGAGGCACAUCUGUAUGAGAACGGCAUCAGCAAGGAAAACAUUGGCUCAAAGAACAGUGCCAUCACCCCACUGGACACAUACACCAGGGACAAGAUCCAGAGAGGCCCCAAAGGAGAUAAGUACCAGCGAGGGCGGGCCCUAGAGCGUGGAGAGGUGGACAUCGGCACGCAGGUUGUGCAGGUGAUCCCUCCCGGGCUGUUCUGGCGCUUCCACAUGGCUGUCCAUCGCCCUACUUAUAUCAAGUUCAAUCUUUCUGUCUCUCAAAAUGCUUUACUUGGCAUCUACGGAAGGAGGAACAUCCCACCCACGCACACGCAGUUUGACUUUGUGAAGCUCCUGGAUGGAAAGCAGUUGAUCUCUGAGCAGUUGAUCAACUUGAGCUCUGAUCAGAGGAACCUGCAGCUUCAUUCUCUGCAGGAAACAGGCUUCAUUGAGUACAUGGACCCUGGAACAUGGUACUUGGCAUUCUACAAUGAUGGCAGAAAGGUGGAACAGGUCUUGCUUCUGAGCACUGCUAUUGAGGCCAUGGACGGAUGCUCUUCCAGCUGCAAUGGCAAUGGUGAGUGUGUUGCUGGUCACUGCCACUGUUUCCCCGGCUUUCUCGGACCAAACUGUGAGAAAGACACAUGCCCAGUACUGUGCAGUGGCAAUGGCGAAUAUGGAAAAGGACGGUGCAUGUGCCAUGAGGGCUGGAAGGGGCCAGAAUGCAGCAUCCCGGCAGAUCAGUGCAUUGACCCGACCUGUUCCAACCAUGGAGAGUGUGUCCAAGGCAUCUGCAUCUGCAUCCCUGCCUACAAGGGCAACAACUGCGAGCAAGUGGACUGUUUGGACCCCCACUGUGCGGGACAUGGUGUCUGUGUGAGGGGUGAGUGCCUGUGCUCACCUGGCUGGGGUGGCAUGAGCUGUGAGAACCCACUUACCGCCUGUCAGGAGCAAUGCUCCGGUCAUGGCACCUAUAUGCCUGAGAGUGGCACCUGCAUGUGCCAACCCAACUGGACUGGAUCUGACUGCUUCACAGAGCUAUGCCCGGUGCCCUGUGGAAGUCAUGGUGUUUGCUCAGAGGGCAGGUGCCAGUGUGAGGAGGGCUGGGAGGGCAGUAUAUGUGAUCAGCGGCCAUGCCACCCCCGAUGCGAGGAGCACGGCCAGUGCAUAGAUGGAAAAUGCCAGUGCCAGCCAGGCUGGGAAGGUGAACACUGCACCAUUGCACAAGAUCUGGAUGCUGUUGUAAAAGAUGGAUGCCCAGGUUUGUGUAAUGGCAAAGGCCGCUGUACUAUGGAGCAAAGCGGUUGGCGUUGUGUAUGCCAGCCUGGCUGGAGUGGCCCAGGCUGCAACACAGUGACGGAGCGUGAGUGUGAAGACAGUGUUGACAAUGAUGGAGACGGCCUUACAGACUGUGUUGAUCCAGACUGUUGUCAGCAGUCCAACUGCAGUAAUAAACCCUUUUGUCAAGGAGCUCCUGAUCCACUCACUUUGCUGCAGCAGAGCCGAAGCCAGCCAGAUUCAACUCCUCUGUCCAAGCACACCUUCUUUCAGCGAGUCCGCUUCCUUAUGGGCAAGGCUAGCACACACACUCUGUAUGGAGAAAUGCCUUUUGAUGCCAGUCAAGUGGCUGUGGUGCGAGGGCAGGUGGUGACAGUCGAUGGUACCCCUCUGGUUGGGGUCAAUAUCUCUUUCCUUCAGCACUUGGAGUAUGGAUUCACCAUCAGUCGGCAGGAUGGCAGUUUUGACCUUGUUGCACCAGGGGCUGUCUCUAUGACUCUGGUGUUCCAGAGGCCACCUUUCCUCACACAGAGACGCACAGUAUGGCUGCCAUGGAACAACUUCCUGGUGCUGGACAAUGUGGUCAUGGCUGAGACGGAGGUUGUGCGCCAAACCUGUGAUGUGAGGAACUUCAUCAGCCCUUAUCCCAUUUUGAUGCCUUCACCACUCACCAGAUACACAGGGGAGUGUGCACUUCGGGGACCAGUCAUCCCAGAACUACAAGCUGUUCAGGAGGAAAUCACUAUUCCAGACAGCUUUAUGAAGCUCAGCUAUCUUAGCACACGUGCUGCUGGCUACCAAUCCCUGCUGCGUGUCAUCCUUUCACAUACUUCCAUUCCACCGGAUCUCAGCAAACUGCACGUAUCUGCUGUCGUCGAAGGCAGGAAGUAUCAGAAAUGGUACCCAGCUGCCCCGGGAUUAGUUUAUGUUUUGCCUUGGAACAAAACCGAUAUCUAUGACCAGGAGGUGUAUGGCCUGACUAAAGCAUCUGUGUCUGUGGGAUAUGAGUAUGAAUCCUGUCCAGACUUCAUUCUUUGGGAGAGAAGGACAACACUAAUUCAGGGCUUUGAGAUGAUGGGCUCCAGCUUGGGCGGAUGGACCUUGGACAAGCAUCACAUUCUCAAUGUGCAGAGUGGUGUCCUGCACAAGGGAAAUGGAGAGAACAUCUUCAUUUCCCAGCAGCCUCCAGUCAUCAGAACAGUCAUGGGAAAUGGCUACCAUCGCACCAUUCCCUGUCAUGGCUGCAGUGGCCCGGCUCUGGAGAGAAAACUCUUCGCUCCUGUGGCUUUAGCCUGUGGUUCUGACGGCAGCAUCUACGUUGGUGACUUUAACUUUGUGCGUCGCAUCCUGCCUAGCGGAUACACCUACAACAUCCUGGAACUCAAGAAUAGGGACACACGACACAGCACCAGCCCAGCCCAUAAGUAUUACCUGGCAAUGGACCCGGUGAAUGAAGCUCUGUAUGUAUCAGAUACAAGCAGUAGAAGAAUAUACAGACUCAAGAAGCUGAGCGAGCCCAAGGAUCCGGCCAAAAACAUGGAAGUGGUUGCAGGGACGGGGGAACAGUGCCUUCCAUUUGACCAGAGCCACUGUGGUGAGGGUGGCAAAGCCACAGCUGCUUCACUGAUCAACCCCAGAGGAAUUGCAGUGGACAAGAGGGGCUUUGUGUAUUUUGUGGAUGGAACCACCAUCCAGAGGAUCAAUGAGAAAGGAGUGCUGACCACCUUCAUCGGCUCCAAUGGCCUCAUGUCCACUCAGCCACUCAGCUGUGACUCCCGAAUGGACAUCACACAGGUGCGUCUGGAAUGGCCAACAGACCUGUCUAUUAAUCCCUUGGAUGAUUCCCUCUACAUUCUGGACAACAACAUCGUGUUGCAGGUGUCAGACAGCCUUGAGGUGCGCAUUGUAGCUGGCCGGCCAAUCCAUUGCCAAGUCCUGGGGCUUGAUUACUCCCUGCUCAACAAAUUGGCUGUGCAUUCUGCUCUAGAGGCAGCUAAAGCCAUCGCUGUGUCACACCAGGGUCUGCUUUACAUUGCUGAGACAGAUGAGCGAAAGAUCAACCGCAUCCAGCAGGUUACCACCAGUGGUGAGAUUUCUGUGGUGGCUGGAGCUCCAGCCGACUGUGACUGCAAAAUUGACCCCAACUGCGACUGCUUCUCUGGUGAUGGCAGCUAUGCCCGUGAUGCCCGCUUAGAAGCACCCUCCUCAUUAGCAGUUGCACCCAAUGGCACACUCUACAUUGCUGACCUGGGAAAUAUCCGGAUCCGCUCAGUGAGCACCAACCAGCCACAGCUAAAUGCAGCUGGAAUGUAUGAGAUCGCCUCAGUGGUGGACCAGGAGGUCUACUUAUUCAGCCACAAUGGCAUGCACCUUCAUACCAAACAUCUGAUCACUGGUGAUUUCCUGUACAACUUCACCUAUUCACCUGAUCAGCACCUAAGUGCUGUGGUCAGUAGGGAUGGCAGUGCCAUCCAUGUGCGACGCGAUGCCAAUGGAAUACCCCUUUGGUUAGUGGCACCCAGAGGUCAGGUGCACUGGCUCACCAUCAGCAACAGCCGUCUCCUCAAGAGGGUUUCUGCCCAAGGCCAUGACAUCGCCCAGCUCACUUACCAUGGCAACACUGGUCUCCUAGCAACAAAGACUGACGAGAAUGGAUGGACCACAGUAUAUGAGUACAACAGUGAAGGACACAUUGUCAAUGUCACCUUUCCGACUGCGGAAGUCAGCAGUUUCCACGACAACAUGGAGAAGUCAGUUCGGGUAGAAGUAGACAGCUCCAACUCAGAGAACUUCAUUACAGUCACUAACUUUUCCUCCUCUGACACCAUUUUCACAUUUCGCCAAGACCAUGCACAGAACACAUACCGUGUGAGCACUGACGGCUCUUUCCAUGUGACCUUUGCCAGUGGCAUGGAUGUGACACUUGUUACUGAGCCACAUGUGUCAGCUGGAACGGUCAACCCAGCAGUGAGCAGGUGCAACAUCACACUGCCCAGCGAGCACAGUCCGAGUCUGAUCGAAUGGAGGCAGCGGCGAGAGCAGUCAAAGACCAACCACACAACCUAUGAAUGCAAGCUGCGGGCUCAUAACAGAAAUCUGCUGUCCAUAGACUUUGACCACACCACACGUAUGGGCAAGAUCUAUGAUGACCAUCGCAAAUUUACUUUAAGGAUUCUAUAUGAUGAGCUAGGACGGCCCAUUCUGUGGUCACCCAGUAGCAAAUACAAUGAGGUGAAUGUCACCUACUCAGCUGCAGGCCUCAUCACCAGCAUUCGGCGUGGAAACUGGUCUGAAAAAUUGGAAUACGAAAAUGGUAGGGUGGUGUCUAGAACAUGGAUCAAUGGCAAAAUCUGGAGCUACUCUUUCAUGGAGAAGUCUGUUAUGCUCCAGUUACAUAGCCAACGCAGAUACAUUUUUGAGUAUGACCAAACAGAUCGGCUUCUGGCCGUGACCAUGCCCAGCAUGGUACGUCACAGCCUGCAGUCCAUGCUGUCAGUGGGCUACUACAGAAACAUCUACAGUCCUCCAGACAGCAGAGCUCACAUCAUUCAGGACUUCACCCGUGACAGGCUUUUGCUCCAGACACUCUACCUGGGCUCAGGCCGCCGUGUCCUCUACAAAUACACCAAGCAGACUCGUCUGUCUGAGAUCAUCUAUGACACCACACUGGUCACUUUCACCUAUGAUGACUAUUCAGGAAUGAUUAAAACCAUCCACCUCAUGCACGAUGGCUUCAUAUGCACCAUCAGAUACAGGCAAACAGGUCCCCUGGUUGGACGCCAGAUCUUCCGAUUCAGUGAGGAGGGCUUGGUGAAUGCGCGCUUUGACUACAGCUAUAACAGUUUUCGUGUGACCAGCAUGCAGGCCAUGAUCAAUGAGACCCCUCUUCCCAUUGAUCUUUACCGUUAUGUGGAUGUAUCUGGACGCAUCGAGCAGUUUGGAAAGUUCAGCGUUAUAAACUACGAUCUUAACCAGGUCAUCACUACCCAUGCCAUGAAGCACACCAAGAUAUUCAAUGCCUAUGGGCAAGUAGUGGAGGUACAGUAUGAGAUCCUCAAGUUGAUUGCCUAUUGGAUGACAGUGCACUAUGACAACAUGGGUCGCACUGUUGUUUGCGAAAUCCGGAUUGGUGUGGAUGGCAACAUCACACGAUAUUCAUAUGAAUACGAUGCUGACAGCCAGCUUCAGAGUGUACUGAUGAAUGAACGUCCCCAGUGGCGCUACAGCUAUGACCUCAAUGGUAACAUCAACCUCCUGAGCCAUGGCACCAGCGCCAGGCUUACGCCGCUUCGUUAUGAUCUCCGUGACCGAAUCACCAGAUUGGGUGAAAUCCAAUACAAAAUGGAUGACGAUGGAUUUCUCCGUAUGAGAGGCAAUGACAUCUUUGACUACAACUCCAAUGGGCUCCUCAUACGUGUCUACAAUAAGGUUUCAGAGGAAAGCAUCCAGUACCGCUACGAUGGCCUCAGCAGGCGUGUUGCUAGCAAGUCCAGCACUGGGCACCACCUGCAGUUCUUCUAUGCAGAUCUGGCUAAUCCCACAAGAAUAACGCAUAUGUACAACCACAGCAGUUCUGAAAUCACCUCCCUCUAUUAUGACCUUCAAGGCCACAUCAUCGCCAUGGAGCUAAGCAGCGGCGAGGAGUACUAUGUGGCUUGUGACAAUACUGGAACUCCACGAGCUAUCUUCAGUAGUCAAGGAGAAAUUAUCAGGGAGGUCCAGUACACUCCUUAUGGGGACAUUUAUCAAGACUCUAACCCAUCAUUCCACUUGAUUAUUGGAUUCCACGGUGGACUUUGUGAUCCAUUCACCAAGCUGAUUCAUUUUGGGCGAAGGGACUAUGAUGUGGUAGCAGGCAGGUGGACAACACCUGACUACAACUUGUGGGCCGAGCUCAGUGCCAACCCAAAACCUUUCAAUCUCUACACAUUUAAAAACAACUGCCCAGUGGGAGAUAUUGAGGAGGUCACUCAGUUCACUUCAGAUAUUGGAAGCUGGCUACAACUGUUUGGAUUUCAGCUCCAUAAUGUUGUGCCUGGCUUUCCUAAACCUGAUGUGGAAGGCAUGGAACAGACUUAUGAAAUGAUGAAGACCCAAACCAAAACCCAGGACUGGGACACAAGUAAAGUUGUUCUGGGUAUUCAGUGUGAGCUACAGAGACAACUAAGAUCCUUCAUCUCCUUAGAAAGGUUACCGAUGUCUCAGUCCAUUGGCUGCCUCCACCAACGUUUGGCCCAGACGCCUCUCUUCUCGACCCUCCCCACCAUCUUUGGCAAGGGCAUAAAAUUCUCCAUAAUGAAUGGGGUUGCUUUGGCUAACAUCAUUGGUGUUGCCAGUGAGGAUAGUCGGCGCUUGGCCACUGUUAUCCAUGGUGCUGUCUACCUAGAGGGCCUACGCUACACCGUGGAUGGGCGAGACACGCACCACUUCGUCAAGCUUGGGCAACUGGAGGAGGACCUUAUUGUGAUGAGUGGUGCUGGGGGACGUGUCCUGGAGAAUGGCGUCAACGUGACAGUGACACAGAUGACAUCAAUGGCUGGUGGCAGGACCAGGCGCCUGGCGGACAUCCAGCUCCAGUCGGGGGCGCUAGGCCUGAAUGUGCGCUAUGGCGUCUCAGCUAGUGAGGCCAGGGAACAUGUGUUGGAGCUGGCAAGGGAGAGAGCAGUGCAGCAAGCAUGGGCACACGAACAGAGCAGGCUUCUCUGUAGUGAAGGUGGCAGCCGAACAUGGACCGAAGCUGAGAAGCAGCAACUGCUUUCUAGUGGAAAAGUGUCUGGCUAUGAUGGCUAUUUUGUACUGUCAGUAGAACAGCAUCCUGAGCUAGCCGACAGUGCUAACAACAUUCAUUUCAUGAGGCAAAGCGAAAUAGGCCAAAGGUAACGGUGGUACAAAUGAUGCCUUCUGGUCCUUUCACCAAAGACUGCCUCUUUCUAGAUUAAUCAGACUCUUUAUAUUAUUACAUAAAACGAGAUUUGCCAGAAGCAAACCUCAUCCGCCUUUAAUUGUGACAAAAUGAUGGUAUUUUAUUAUUUUUCUGGGUGGAGAUUCUACGUGGGACAAGCAUUUUUUUUUCCCUCACCGUGGCUUAGCUUUUUGUAUGUGAAGAUAAUCUUUUUUUCUCCUAAGUAUAGUAUUUUUUCUUACUGCCUCCUCAUAUUUAUGAACCUGUAAUGAUAAAAGAAGAAGACGACACAGAAUCAGUAUUGCAUUAUCCUUGUAUUAUUUUGGUUGUUAUAUUACAUAGAACACCUCAACAUAGAGUUUACAUUUUGUGCAAAAGAGGCCUUGUAAACGAAUUAUGAUAUGAAAGAAUGAGGUGACAAAAGAACAUGUCACAGAGAAAUCCCUUCUGAAUAGGACUUCAGAUUAGGCGUGUUUAAAAAAAAAUAAAAAAAUACUGUCAUGAAACAGAUAUUGUACAUAUGCAUUGAAAAUGUAGGUGCUUUAAAGAAAGUACUAAAACUUUUAAAAUAUGUUGUUAUCCAUAAUGAAGUGUUAAUAUGACUAGAAUUUUUUUUAAUUAUAUAUGAUGUGGACAUAUCUAACCUGGAAAUCAGAGUAUAAUGAGUUUAAGAUAACUUAUUAAAGCUAUUAUGUGUA